UAGUACUAACCAAAAACAAAAGAGAAACUCCAAUUUUUCGGACCCCACACACCGAAAAACAAAACGAAACUUCGUCGUUUCGAUUUAAACGACGUCGUUGCGAGCCUAAAGCCGUAAAGAAACCGAAACCGAAACUCGCUCUCUUCAUCGUCCCCAGGAAACCACCAGAUCAGACUCUCUCCCUCUAUCUCUCCAAUGGAUUUUCGCAUUGGCAGCAUUUUCUACCUGUUCGUCUUAUCCUCUCUUCUCUGCCCGCAAUCUAGGGCUGAAGAUACUGCUUCCGUUUUCUUCAUCGAUAGCUCAACUCGCCAAUUUCUUCGCACUCCAUCAUCUAACGAUGUCGUUCAGCCUGAUUCAAUGUUGCCCUCAGAAGUUGGAGCUGCAGUAUCAGUCUUACUUGGUUUUUCACCACCCUUGACACUUUCAGCUGCUGGUUCAUCUAAGUUGAAUGAGGUUCUCAAGCCUAAUCCAUUUGAUAGGCCUCGUGCGGUUUUUAUCCUGGAAGUCCAAGGAACAGAUCCUAAGCUAGUGGUCAACUCAAAUAAUGCCAUGUUCAGCAGUGCGUCUGAGAGAAAGGUUAGUUUUGGUUUGGAGAAAGCUGCUGACAUUCAACUUCCAGAUGAAAACAAAGUCUCCGUGUUUUCCCUGGAUGAAUUUUUGGCAGAUUAUACUGACAAGGAAAUUGGUGAAUUUGCAUCUUGGAUGGAUGGUUCUUAUAUUGCCGAUUCCCUGGAGCCAUUAAAUGGGGAUUUAACUAUCCCCUUGGCAGAUGGUGCCAACAUGAAUCUCCAUAUGUCAAAGAAAGCAGAUAGGGAUUUUAUUGUAAGUCUUCUGUCUCUGAUUCGCAAUUUUAGAAGGGCAGUAGAGUUGCAUGAAGAUUUGGCACAAAGUACACGAAGUCCAGCUGAGUUGAUAACAGGCUGUUUUAAUGGCUUUAAGGCUUUGUCAGAGCAAUAUGGAUCUGAUGGUGUUUCUAAGCAUGGAGUGGAUCUAUUGGUAGCUACAUUGUCCAAGAUAUUUGAUUCAUUCCAAGAAGCAUACAAAGGUCAAAUUGUUGGAGUCAUCUUCUUUCGUGGGACACCUCCCACAGAGUCGGGCAAGCUGUUGAAUGUGAUGUAUACUUCUCAGCCAUCUGCACGCUGGUUGGUGGAAACAGAAGGCUCCCAUAGUGAGUUUGAUCCACAAGUGGUGUUGGUUAGGUGGACACUUGCCUGGCUCACCGGAAUUAUUCUUCUCAUUUCAACCUUCAUAGGGGUAUACUUCCUUCUCAAUAUGCCCAUCACAAAGGACACCCUUCUGUAUUCUAAUGUGAAGCUCGACUAAGCCUGAAAAGGAUACACUUGAUAUAUCACCUGCCAGAUUACACCAGAUCGCCAGUGAAACUUAUUUUGCAUGGGGACGUAUUGUAGAUGUCUCAUUACCAAUGUCCUUGUUGUUCAUGAAUAUCUCCCUCCCAAAUUGUUCUGUGGUAUCUAAUAGCUAAUAAGAUGUUCUCUUUGUUUAGGCGUUGGGGGCUAGAUUAAUGAGAAUUGGGGUUAUAUAAAAGUAAAUUUUUAAGACACAAGGUUGUUUUAUGUAAAGCAGGGUACUGGGCACCAUAGGGUGGGAGGGAGACAACUGGGAACUUAAGAUGAUUUUAUGAUGAUGUGCAUUUUGGAUAUAUGAGGGUGAUUCCGCGUUGAACUGUACUUGACGAUGGACUUCUUGAUCAACGUUGUUAUUUUCUGAGUUUUGAAAUAGUGAAUAAGUUUGAUUUAUUUCUCCUCAA